AUUCCCUGUGCUAGAGUAGAAAGGCUAUGGCGAUUGCAGCAGCGCCGGCGGCGACGGCGCAGGGCCAAAUGAUGGCGUCGGUGAACCAAAAAAUCACCUCAAACUUCACCAGCUUAAGCAGCAAAGUACAUUUGAGGCCACAAAAACAGAUACUGGUGACGCAUGCAUCAAAUGCAAGUGCAAGUGGUGGUAGCACAGAAAAUGCAGCUGCUGUUUCAGUCACCGAAACCUCCUCUACUUCUCCAACUCCCCGUAGCUCUAGAGUGAAACGUCAUACAAUCUCCGUCUAUGUUGGGGAUGAAAGUGGUAUAAUAAACAGAAUAGCUGGGGUCUUUGCUCGUCGAGGCUACAACAUUGAAUCUCUUGCAGUUGGUCUGAACAAGGAUAAGGCUCUCUUUACUAUAGUUGUCUCUGGAACAAAAAAAGUUUUACAACAAGUCGUGGAACAACUCAACAAACUUGUGAAUGUCUUAAAGGUGGAAGAUCUGUCUAAAGAACCGCAAGUGGAACGUGAAUUGAUGCUUAUAAAGCUCAAUGCAAAUUCCAGCACCAAAGGUGAAAUCAUGUGGUUGGUAGACAUCUUCAGAGCAAAAAUUGUGGAUAUAUCAGAACAUUCUUUGACCAUUGAGGUCACUGGAGACCCUGGAAAGAUGGCAGCUGUUCUGAGAAAUGUAAGGAAGUUUGGAAUUAAAGAACUAGCAAGAACUGGAAAGAUUGCUUUGAGAAGGGAAAAGAUGGGUGAGACAGCUCCUUUUUGGAAGUUUUCUGCAGCUUCGUAUCCAGAUCUUGAGGAAUCAAUUCCUGUUGAUGCUAUUUCUAACAAUAAAACCCCACCAAGUAUUGAAAAACCAUGUAAUGGCACCCUCAACAAUGUCUCGAAGGGUGACGUUUAUCCUGUGGAACUGGAUGACGACUUUUAUUUAAAUCAAGUUCUUGACGCCCACUGGGGAGUUCUGCAUGAUGCAGAUUCGAGUGGGUUUCAGUCACACACUUUGUCCAUGCUUGUGAAUGAUUCUCCUGGAGUACUUAACUUGGUCACUGGGGUUAUAUCUCGAAAAGGAUAUAACAUUCAGAGUCUUGCCGUAGGUCCUGCAGAAAUUGAAGGGGUCUCAUGCAUAACAACUGUUGUUCCUGGAACUGAUGAAACUAUUGGCAAACUGGUUCAGCAAUUUCAUAAGUUGGUCGAAGUUCAUGAGGUGCAGGAUAUGACGCACUUUCCGUUUGCUGAGCGUGAACUGAUGCUGAUCAAGGUUGCUGUUAAUGCUACUGCUAGAAGGAAUGUCCUUGAUAUUGCCAAUAUUUUCCGGGCCAAACCUGUCGAUGUGUCUGAUCAUACAAUAACGUUAGAGCUCACUGGAGACUUUGAUAAGAUGAUUGCACUUCAGAAAUUAUUAGAGACUUACGGAAUUUGUGAGGUGGCAAGGACAGGAAGAGUGGCACUGGUUCGGGAAUCAGGUGUAGAUUCCAGAUUUCUCCGGGGAUUUUCUCUUCCUACAUAGACUUGCCCCCAUAGAUUUCUGAUGUUGUAUAUCGUCUUCUCCUGUUGUCGUAGUAUUGCUUUUAGUUUAGGCUGCUAGAAGUGGUUGUCUCGUUUCUGCCUCGUCAAAAUAGAACUAUUGCAUGAUGUAUUGUAAUUUAGUGAUUUAAACUUCUCUAAUAAGACGGUCAUACUUCUGUUAUGCAUAAUUCUCCUUCCAAGA